AUGGCUUCAACAAAUAUUGAAAAUACAAACGACAAUAUUACGACAUCAGUUGAUCAACAGUCAUCAACAACUAAGAAUGUACCAAUAUAUGAUGCCUCUUCAACGCAUCAGCAUUCUCAUUCAUGUAAUGAUCCAUCUCAUCAUCAUCAUCCAUUAUUUUUUGAUCAAAAUGAUGAACAUUCAUCGGCAACAGCUGCCAAAAAUGAAAUGUUAAUGAAACGAAAGGCUAAGAAAACUCAAAAACAAGAUGUAACACGUGCUGAGCUCAUCCCAGGUCAUCAAGGUGAUAAAAAUAUAGAUGAAUUGCUCAAUUUUAUUAAUGGACCAUCAUCAGCAAGCAACAAUACUAACAAUUAUCAAAGCAUAUAUGGAUGUCUUUAUGCAUCGCAACAUAUUGAUUCCCUAUGUAAAACAUAUAUUAAUGAAUUACCAUUAGCUGUUCUACAAGAUUUUAAUGACAAUAUUCUGAUUGAAAACAGUAAAGGUAUUAAAAGUAAUGUUCAGGAUGAAGACUAUUUGUGCAUUGGGGAUCAUCAAGUUAAUGCUCCUGUGAAUACGAAUUAA